AUGACGGACAAGCUGCCACCAAAUUUGCUGGCCCUGUUUGCGCCGCGCCCGCCGCUGCGAUGGGUUGAGCCGGCUGACCAUGCCCCCGAGAAGCGCAAGACGGCGCACGUUGACGGUCUGGCUGCUUUCCUGCCCGACUUGAAGGCGUACAAGGAGAAUGACAAAAGCGUCCCGACCGAGAGCUGGCUGGAGGCACGCGAUCGCAAGAAGCUCGAGAAGAAGGCGGCCGUGGAGGAGCUGUCCACCAACGCGCCGAAAUAUUACAAACCGAAUGAGGAUCCUCUGAUUCGCGGCGAUGCGUUCAAAACCCUCAUUGUCGCGCGCUUAAGCUACGAAGCUGACGAGCGAGAUCUGGAACGUGAAUUCGGUCGUUUCGGACCUAUCGAGCGCACUCGCAUUGUUGUCGACACGCACGCCGCCGAAAAAGGAAAUAAGAAGAAGAAGCCACACCGAGGCUACGCGUUUGUCGUCUUUGAGCGCGAAAAAGACAUGAGAGAGCUGUGGCCCUCAAGCUUGCCCUCUCUACCUGAUGUGCGCAACGAGACUUUCACGGCCCUCAAGCUUGCCUGUCUCUGCAACCAUCUUGUUUCUCUCCCUCUAUCGAACACACUUGACCAAGUUUUAUACAUCGCUGCCGCUCUGGAUGCUUGUGAUGGUAUCCGCAUCAAAGAUCGACGGAUCAAGGUAGAUGUUGAGCGUGGCCGAACAGUCAAGGGCUGGAAGCCAAGGCGACUUGGAGGCGGCCUCGGUGGCCGGGGCUAUACGAAAGCUCUGCCUGCUCGCCCAGGCGGCCCUGGCGGUUUUGGCGGUGGCUUCCGUGGUGGCCGAGGAGGCUUCGAGGGCGGCCGCGGAGGCUUCGAAGGUGGCCGCGGCCGUGGUGGCUUCCGUGGUGGCUUUGGUGGCCGCGGAGGAGGCUUCCGAGGUGGUGAUCGUGACUUUGGAGGUUCUCGUGGUGAUCGCGACUUUGGUGGUCCUCGCGGCGAUCGCGGCGACCGUGGUGACCGAAACGGGUUCGCCCCCAGAGACGCGCCAUCCGGCCCUGGUGGCUUUGACAGACGAAACGGUGACCGCGACCGUGGAUCUGACCGCCGUGGCGGCAUGGACGACAGGCGUGGUGGAGGAGACAGGGAUCGCGACCACCGCGACCGCAAUCGUGACCGUGACCAUCACGACAGAGGCGACAGACCACCCCGUGACGGCGGUCGAUUCGGCGAUCGCGAUGGUGGCCGUCGUACCGGCAGCAACAACGAACCAAUUCGUCCCCGCGAGGGUGGUGGGUAUCGCGAACGGGAGAACAGAGACUUUGACCGCCCUCGGGAUGAUGACAACAGGAAGCGAGGAUACGACGGCGGCGGCUACGAGGACCCUAGGAAAAUUCGCAGAUACUAA